AUGAGCAAAUCGAAAGGUCACGAGAUAAGAUUUCAUAACUUCACUAAAUCUGCUGACUUACGACCUCUCACUGACGACGAGCUUCUUCUAAAGGUCGCACUCAACAUUCAUGAUGAAGAUGUGAAGUCUGUGAGAAAACUCCUACCUUGGAAAACGGAAAAUGAGCUUGCGAAUAUGAUUAUAGAUGUUUAUCCAGAAACCAGAGAAAUACCAGAAUUAAAUUUUCUUUCUCGCCCAAGACUUCCGGUCCCACCGAGUGGCACUCCAGAAUAUCGAGAUUGGCUUAUGGAAGCACAGUGGAGUCCUGAUGAAGAAAAUAUAUAUAAGGAAAUAACAGACAAUGGAAGAAGAGGGUUAAAGGAUUGGAGGGAACUGAUCCGAAGGCUGAAUGGGAAGAAUUUAAGCGACAUUAUCAGGCAUUUCGCAACUUUAAAAAUUUAA